GAGGACCCGGCCGCGACCUCAUCCGCUCGGGUCCUUGAGCCGGAGCCGACCGUGCUAGCUAUGGCCUUGAGGCUCCUGAGGGUGGUCGGGGCGUCCACGUCCGCGCGGGUCUUGGUGACCGGCGCCCAGCGCGUGGGAAGAAUUCAUACCAGCGUGCAGGGCAAGCUGCAGUAUGGACCCUUGGCGUUCACGCUCGGUGAAACCACCACCAAAAAACUGACAGAAUACAGCAAGGUGAUAACUGUAGAUGGCAACAUAUGUUCUGGAAAAGGCAAGCUUGCAAAAGAAAUAGCGGAGCAACUAGGCUUAAAGCAUUUCCCUGAAGCAGGGAUACAUUAUGCAGACAGCACUACAGGAGAUGGAAAGCCCCUCGACGUAGAGGUCAGUGGCAACUGUAGUUUGGAGAAAUUCUAUGAUGAUCCGACAAGUAACGAUGGCAACAGUUACCGCCUGCAGUCCUGGCUGUAUGCCAGUCGCCUCCUACAGUACGCGGAUGCCUUGGAACACUUGCUAAGCACAGGACAAGGGGUGGUGCUGGAGCGCUCCAUCUUCAGCGACUUUGUUUUCCUGGAGGCCAUGUACAACCAGGGAUUCAUCCGAAAGCAGUGUGUGGACCACUACAAGGAGGUGAAGAACGUUACCAUCUGCGAGUACCUGCCUCCCCACGUGGUGAUCUAUAUCGACGUGCCUGUUCCAGAGGUCCAGAGUCGGAUUCAGAAGAAAGGAGACCCGCACGAAAUGAAGAUCACCACUGCCUAUCUUCAGGACAUCGAGAAUGCCUAUAAGAAGACCUUCCUCCCUGAGAUGAGCGAGAAGUGUGAGGUGUUGAUAUACACCCCGAGGGAAAUUCGAGACGCCUCGAAGGUGGUGGAGGACAUCGAGUAUCUCAAGUAUGACAAAGGGCCGUGGCUGGAGCAGGACGAUCUCAGUUUCCACAACCUGCGAAUGCUGGUUCAGGAUAAGUUGGCUGUGCUGAAUUACACAACCAUCCCCAUCUUCCUCCCAGAAACCACGAUUGGCGCUUACCAGAGUGACCGUGUCUUCACUAAAUUCCGAGAGCUGCCAGGCCGCAAGUACGCGCCCGGGUACAACGCCGACGUCGGCGACAAGUGGAUCUGGCUGAAGUGAACGGCGCCCUCCGCCCGCUGCAGCACGGCGACAAAGCGGCUCUGGUCCGCCGGACUCUCCCGGACUCCACGUAGCUUUAAGUUGGGGGCUGGGGGGUGCGGGGACGUAAAUGAUCCCAAAAUUGCACAGUAGAAGCCAUGGCCUAGCAAACGCAGUCUGCCCUGUGGUGUAGUUAAUGCAGUUGGCAGAAACAACUUCCAUUAAAAGGUUUUGGAACCUUC